AGAGGCGGAAAGUGGGUCUUUAUGAAGAUCUAGCCCAGUUGUGUCAGUUCAGGCACUUGCACGGUUCGGGCUGUGCACUAAACGUACACGGAUGGACGGCCUGUAUCCUGCCCGCGCAGGUUUGGCCAAGCACAUGGGCUAGUGAAACUCUGGGCCUCGGUGUCUUCAUCUAUACAGUGGGGAGGUUGGACGGAGCACUCUUUAACGUGGCGUUCUGUGUUUGAUGGCGGAUCAGACCGAUAAAAGAAGUUGGAUAGUUAAGGGUCAGAUCUACCCAGUGGUGCGGAAAGCCGGGGAUUUUGCUAAAAGUGAAACGUGGGAAGAAUGUGCUCAAAGGGAAACCUGGGAAGAAGCAGCUCUUCGCUUGAAAAAUGUUCGCUUUGCCUCAGUCGUGAAUUCCUUUGCUGAGAAAGAAAAUUACCAUUAUGUGACAAUACUAAUGAAAGGGGAAGUGGACAUGACUUAUGAUUCAGAACCAAAGAACACAGAGCCUGAAAAAAAUGAAAGUGGGAUGUAUCUUUCUGGUCACCAGCCCCCAAUUCUGAACCUAUCUAAGGAUAGGUUCAGCCCAGCCACCCAUCAGCUUAUUAGCAUAAACUCAGGUUGGGAAUGGGUUCCCUGGGAAGAAUUUCCUCCACUGGACCAGCUUUUCUGGGCACUGCGGUGUUUAAAGGAACAAGGCUACCAUCCAUUUAAAGAAGAUUUAGAUCACCUGGUAGGAUACAAAGGUCAUCAUCUCUAGGGGAAGAAGAAGAUAACCUGAUAUACUUUGAAAAAACAAAAUAAGGUUCUGUGAGAGAAUGAAAAAUACCUACAUUUCAGAACAACCCCAUCUUAUGUAAAAACUUCUAUAUGCUUGCCAGUUGAUUUGCCGCCUUUUAAUAUACCCACCACCCUUUCAGCCAGUACUUAUGAAAAAUUUGCUGGCAUGAUGUCAUCAAUUGCAUUUCAGACUCAGAAAAUGUGCUGAAUGGUGAUAUUGUGGCAAUUCUGCUUUCUGUAUUUUUCUGUGAUAUUUACUGUGCAGUUUGUCAUUACCAGCCUGCCUGGCAUGGAGGGCUAUAGAAUUUGCCCUAGUGUUUCUGUUCAAAUAGAGAUCCUAAUUCAGAUGCUAA